CGGAAGAGAAGCGGCCUAGUUCCGGAUGCUACGGCCUCUGCCGCCAUCUGUCACCUUAAGUCCGGCAGUCACUGCCGGUCGCUGCUGCGCUUUCUGUCUCGGCGGAACCUGCUUCUCUUCCUGCCACCUCUCUGCUGUGUUCUUAUCUCCGCCUUCUUCCCCCAAUGGAUCUUGUGGGAGUAGCAUCCCCUGAGCCCAGGCCGGCAGCGACCUGGCAACCCAGCAAGUGUCCGUGGGCUGCUCCCCAGAAGCCACUAUCCUGCCCUUUGUCUGAUGUCAUGAGUGAACAGUUGGCUACAGAACUGCAGUUAGAAGAAGAAGCGGCUGCUUUUCCUGAAGUUGCCGUGGCUGAGGGACCAUUUAUUUCCGGGGAAAACCUCGACACCUCCAGUGACCUGAUGCUGGCACAGAUGCUGCAGAUGGAGUUUGACAGGGAGUACGACGCCCAGCUGAGGCGUGAAGAAAAGAAAUUCAAUGGCGACAGCAAAGUUUCCAUUUCCUUUGAAAAUUACCGCAAAGUGCAUCCCUUUGAAGACAGCGACAGCUCUGAAGACGAGGUAGACUGGCAGGACACUCGCGACGACCCCUACCGGCCAGCAAAACCAGUUCCCACUCCCAAAAAGGGUUUUAUUGGGAAAGGAAAAGACAUCACCACCAAACACGAUGAAGUGGUGUGUGGGAGAAAGAAUACGGCACGGAUGGAGAAUUUUGCACCUGGAUUUCAGGUAGGAGAUGGAAUUGGAAUGGAUUUAAAAUUAUCAAACCACGUUUUCAAUGCUUUAAAACGACACGCCUACUCCGAAGAACGCCGGAGUGCCCGCCUGCACGAAAAGAAAGAGCAUUCCACUGCGGAGAAAGCAGUUGACCCUAAGACACGCUUGCUCAUGUAUAAAAUGGUCAACUCUGGGCUGCUGGACACCAUCACUGGCUGCAUUAGCACAGGGAAGGAGUCAGUUGUCUUUCAUGCAUAUGGAGGGAGCAUGGAGGAUGGAAAGGAAGAUAUUAAAGCUAUGCCUACAGAAUGUGCCAUCAAGGUAUUUAAAACAACCCUUAAUGAGUUUAAGAAUCGUGACAAAUAUAUUAAAGAUGAUUUCAGGUUUAAAGAUCGCUUCAGUAAACUAAAUCCACGUAAGAUCAUCCGCAUGUGGGCAGAAAAAGAAAUGCACAAUCUCACAAGAAUGCAGAAGGCUGGAAUUCCUUGUCCAACAGUUGUAUUGCUCAAGAAACACAUUUUAGUUAUGUCUUUUAUUGGCCAUGAUCAAGUUCCAGCCCCUAAAUUAAAGGAAGUAAAGCUCAGUAAUGAAGAAAUGAAAGAAGCCUACUAUCAAACCCUUCACCUGAUGCAGCGGCUGUAUCACGAGUGCACGCUGGUGCACGCCGACCUCAGCGAGUACAACAUGCUGUGGCACGCCGGAAAGGUCUGGCUGAUCGACGUCAGUCAGUCGGUGGAGCCGACGCACCCUCACGGCUUGGAGUUCCUGUUCCGGGACUGCAGGAACGUUGCCCAGUUUUUCCAGAAGGGAGGAGUGAAGGAAGCCCUGAGUGAGCGGGAACUUUUCAAUGCUGUUUCGGGCCUGAACAUCUCGGCCGAUAACGAAGCGGACUUCUUAGCAGAGAUAGAAGCUUUGGAGAAAAUGAACGAAGAUCACGUUCAGAAGAAUGGAAGGAAAGCAGCUGCGUUUCUGAAGGAUGACGGUGGCCCGCCCAUGCUGUCCACCGAAUAGUGCCAGCCCCUGCUCUAGGUGGCCACGGCGGGGUUGUCAGCUGCCUGUGACAAAGGAAGGUGUGGGCACCUCAGAGGCUCCAAGCUGGAGGAGUGGACCAUGGUGCUUCUGUGCAUUUCUCCCUUAUAACCCAGACGUGUGGAAUUUUCAGCUUGGCAUUGAGAGAAUAAAAUGUCACUACCUCUCCUCUUAACAGCAGGAUAAUAGAGUUCUUUAACAGCUGUAGGGCAUCUAGCCGAGGGAGACUGAAUUUUACAGGACUUGUGGUAUAAAAUGUCGUGAUGAGAAUUUUAAAACAGGUUUCUCAGUAUGGGAGAAAAGGACAGAUGUGUUUCCAAGGGAGGUUUGGUGACAACGCCUUCGCUUUUUCACCUCUGUUUUGUGUUGCAUCUUUCCUCCAGUGCCAUCAGCUUCAAAUUAGCCCUUCCCAGUUCUCUUUGCACUGACCAUGGUUCUAAGGGGACAUGUCUGUCCUUGGUGGGUGGCGAAAGGGGAGAUUUGGUUUCAGAUUGGCUGAUGGAAGUGGACGUACAUAUUGGCGCAUCAUGAAAAUGAGUGGAGUUUUACUUUUGUUCAUGCUCAUCUCUAAGCAGAACCAUCAUGGCUUUUGGAAAGAGAUCAAUGUGUAAGAACUUCCUACCCAGCAGAAUUUUAAAAUUUCUCUUUCAGCUUUCCUACUCUGAGGUUAAAUGGUCGGGCUGCCCUGCGAGGUGGUGUCCCCUGCAUUUUAAUGAAAUUAUCUGGGAGGACAGAAUGUAAGACUUCAUCUUAUUUUAAUGCAGUCAAUGAAACAAAUUUCAGUUACGUUUCACUAAAACUCUACUUACUGGCUUCGAGAGAAAUAGAACAAACUAAUUAGAACUAUUAAAUAAUCAGUAGAUGAAAAGUAUGUACGCAGCAACUUGGACACCAAACUCACCAACGUUUGUGAACUCCCUUCUGAUAGCUCUUAGCCCUCAUUGGAUUCCUCUUUUAAAAA